UGACGUCACGAUCGAGAGCAGUCGUGUCGUUUCGGGUCGUGAUUAAACGCGUUACAUGUUCGCAUUCGGAGCAAUAUCGUGAAAUAUCGUGACUUGGUCUUUGAAGCGGCUCUGGUUGGUUAGGCACUCAGAGUUCAGAGGAUCUGAGUAACUUACUCCCAAAGUCUCAACAAAUACAUAGAACAGUCAUGGCAUCACCGCAGAUGAAGGAGCGUCCAUCGGGCGCUGUGUUAAACACUAUAUCAAAAGGAGCAUCUCCAGAAUCCAAAUGCCCGAUAUGCCUGGAUCACUUCAAAAACAUAUCGUACCUUGAUGUGUGCCUGCACAAGUUCUGCUUCUGCUGCAUCCGCGAGUGGUCGAAGAACAAAGCGGAGUGCCCUUUAUGCAAGCAGCCGUUUAAUUCAAUUUAUCACACCAUAAAGUCCGAAGAUAACUACCAGAGGUUCGACCUGCGACCAACUGAAAACGGCUCUUUUGGCAACAUGGCAGGGCAGAGAUUCAGGUAUCGCACCACGCUCACCGGCGAGCGCAGGCUAGCGCCGAGGAGAACGUCGUCUCCUCCUGACCACGGGGUCUUAUUCGAGGACCUAAGAGGAUCUGUUCCUCAGCGGCACAACAGAGAUCUCCACAGCAUGUUAAGGAGGUUGGCAGAGGAGAGACAGAGGAGAGAGAGAGAGGGAAGGUCCCUGCGGAGUCUUCACGAACAACAAGCGGUUAAAUUCAGACGGGCCUUGUACAGGAGAGGCGUGCGAGUCCAGAACGUGCAGGACGGUGGCCGUAGCAGGGAGACUUCUGCAGAGUUCUUCAGAAGAAAUCCUGCUUGUCUCCACAGGCUUGUGCCUUGGGUGAGACGAGAGCUGGCUGUCCUGUACGGUACUCACGGGUCGCUUGUCAACAUAGUGCAGCACAUCAUCAUGACUCUGAUCACUCGGCAUAACUUGGACGAGCAGGCUGUUCUGCAUGAGCUCCGGCCCUUCCUGCUGACCCAUACAGAGCACUUCUUGCACGAGUUUCUUAGCUUUGCUCGGUCCCCGUUCAACAUGGAGGCAUAUGACCAGCGCGCCGUUUACGACUUGCCUCGGGCCUCCGGAGAGAGCAGCCGUUCGGAAACCUCUGUGAUCGCCAUCUCUGAGGACGAGAGCGAUUCUUUAGUGUCAGGAUCCCAGGAUUAUGCCACUCCUAGUGUGACCUUAAGCCAAGCGCCGUGGGAUGAUGAGACCCCAGGGCCAUCCUACUCCUCAUCUCAGGUGUUACCUUUCCAUGUGAGGGACUCGGAUUCUGAUAGUAGCGUAGGGGAGGCAGUAGUGUCUGUCGCCGCCGUGCCUCAUCAGGACCGUGCGGGAAAUCCUGGCACUGUUGCCGUGGAAGAGGAGCAUUCCUCUGGCAGUGAUGAAGACUGCAUGAUUAUCGGACAUGUUAAGCCAGUGUCAGAAAGGACACCGGAACUGGUCCUGCUUUCCUCUGAUUCAGAGCAGAACGCCGAGCCGCAGAGCCCUCGAGCACCCCAACACAAUCGUUUUACUUCAGAGUCUGAUUUGUCUCCCGCUGACGCUCAGAGGAGGCCGACGAGAUGCUCUCGCUCGCCUGAGAACACCUCUACUCGCUCAAGAAGAGAUAAAUGUGGCAAAAGGCAUCAUGAGAGAGAGCUGUCGGGAUCUAGAGAAAGAUCCUCAUGCAGCAAUAGGACUCACUCCUCCUCUCGUGGCAGGAAACACCCAUUGUCUAAAGAGAGCAAGCAUAAGCGGAGACGAGAAAAAGAGUCAAGCCGCCACACCUCGUCAUAUUGGCAUUCAUAUAGCCAUUACAGUCAAAAAGACAGCAGCAGGAGAUGUUAUACAGAGACAUGCUCAUCCUACACCAGCUAUUAUAGAAGUGUACAUCGCUCUCGUUCUCGAUCACAUGGUAGAAGGCAAAGCAGGGACAGUCAGGACAGAAGUCACUCAAGCAGCCAAUCUAGAAUCAAGCCCAGCUCCUCCAACCGUCAGGACAGAAGUCGCUCGAAGAGCCGAUCUAGAAUCAACUCUUCCAACCGUCAGGACAGAAGUCGCUCGAAGAGCCGAUCUAGAAUCGACUCUUCCAUCCGUCAGGACAGAAGUCACUCAAGCAGCCGAUCUAGAAUCAAGCCCAGCUCCUCCAACCAUCAGGACAGAAGUCGCUUGAAGAGCCGAUCUAGAAUCAACUCUUCCAACCGUCAGGGCAGAAGUCACUCAAGCAGCCGAUCUAGAAUCAAGCCCAGCUCCUUCAACCGUCAGGACAGAAGUUGCUCGAGGAGCAAUUCUAGAAUCAACUCUUCCAAUCGUCAGGACAGAAGUCGCUUGAAGAGCCGAUCUAGAAUCAACUCUUCCAACCGUCAGGACAGAAGUCACUCAAGCAGCCGAUCUAGAAUCAACUCCAACUCGCAUCAGACAUCACAUCACGAUGAACAUGGCAGGAAAAAGAAAUACAAAACGAAGCAUCAUGAGGAACCCACAAGGAAAAGUUCUAGUCAAUUGUUCACAGAUUCUGUUGAGGAUGGUGCAAAAAAGAAAAUCAAGAAGCACAAGAAGUUCAAGAGGAAAAGUAGGAGUCCAAGCAUAGAUGACAGAUCUGAGGAUCACAGUCGGAAUCAUCACAAGAAGAAGAAGAAGAAACACAAGAGGAAGAGCAGGAGACAUAGUAGUGAGGAGACGGUGGGCAAAAACAGCCCAGUUCUCAUAACAAUUCCUAGUGACAGUGACGCUGCUGACCCCAGUGAACCCUCAGCCAGGAAUAUCAGUGCAGCUGACUCCACGGUCACAAUAGCAAGCAGUGCCACAGAAACUCAGCCGCUAGACGGGGAGCAAGAGUCAGCUGCUGGAACUGAAUGUAGUUCUGUGGGGGAUGCAGGGAAUCGCCCCCAGACAUGUGUGGCAAAUCAAGACUGACAAAGUUUUAUAAAUGGAGAAGAGAUUUGUUUUAAAUGAGAUUUUGAUUUGGAGUUUUUGGAUAUAUCUGCAUUUGUGAUUUUGGAAAUGUAUUAAUUUCAGACUCCCCUAUGCAAGCAAGUUAACAGUCACUAAUUUUCAAAGUUUACUGUCCCUGUCGCAAAUAAAUAAAAAAGGAUCAUGAAAGUGUCUUUAUUUACUGAAUGUUGUAUUUCUCUGUGUAUGUUUGCUUAAAACAGUCUGGAAUCAGUUUCAUGC